GCUUCCUAAAGCACAAACACUUCCAUGGACUCCUCAUUUUGUCUUCGGUAUUGCAGCCUGUCCAGUCUGCCCCUUCGUGUGCCUUCGACUGUGAAUUUUUCAAGGGCUAACAAACCCCAUUUCAGUUUUCACCCUUCUUCCCUUUCUCUUUCUAAGAGUUCCAGGAGCGGCCCCAUUAGACACAUCCCUAGUCCCAUAACUUGCGCCACCAAUGGGAGCAAUGGAUUUUCGAGGCCUGCAACAAACGAUAAAGGUGAUAACAAUAUUGCAAGAGGUACAGUACGGGUCUCUUUGGCUAUGGCUUGUGUACUUGGGAUCAUUGGCUGCAGUUACACAAUGAAGCAUAAAGCCCAUGCAUUUCCGCCGAUUGGUUCUCCAUGGGGUGCAGAGACUGCUACCAAUAAGGCCAAUAGGUUUAUAGAUCAAAUGGAUCGUGGAGUGGCACCCUCCAAAAUUGAUGAACAAUUGAAGAACACAUUCAUGGAAAACCCAGAAGAAGCUUACAAUGUACAAAUGGAACUAAUAAGGAUUCAUAUCAAUCGGGGAAAAUAUGAUGAAGCUAGCAGGCAUUGUGAAGAUCUUUCUAAGAAAGAAAUAUACUAUAGUCGCUACUUUAGGACAGACCAAAGAUAUCAUCUUUACAAGGGUAUUGUAUAUGCCAUGUGGUAUAAAAAUGAUGUCAAGGCAAAGGAAUGCUUUCAGAAAUACAUUGAUAUCCUAGAUGCAUCUCCAAAACUUGGAUGAAAGACUAUUCACCCAAGGGCAGAAUAAUUGCAUCUUUGACUGAAAAUUAAUUGUUCAAUUGUGUUUUGGGUUUGUGUUGUGUCUGAGGUUUUAAUCUAAUAAUUUCAUGCAACAAUCGAAGAGAGAAUCCAAAAUUUUUAGGAUUUUCAUAAAAAUUUCUUUAUGCUUUGUUUCUAUUAGAUCCUCUAUGAAAUAUGAAAUA